AUGAACAAGGAUUUCAAAUUCAUCGAUGGCACCAAGACCGAUAAAUCAACCCGAAGAGUCGCACUCAGUCAUGCGAUGAAGGGUAAGAAUACUGGCAAAACUCACCAGCGCCGUUCGAGGUUGGAUCGAGACUUUACAUUCGUUGUAGAAGCCGUGUAUCCUUCUGUGCUCUGUCUUUCGUUAGACCGGAUCAAAUCAUACUGGAUUCAGAUGAUGUAUAUAGACAGGACUUCAUACCACUGCUCACUCGCCCUCAUGGCUACAUUGAACGGAUUUGUUUUCGACCGCGAAGCCGAGUCUUUAGAGGCUGUCCACCAUCUCGGCAAAGCAGUCGGUUUAAUAAACCAAAAACUCGACACUGCGGAAGCCCUGUCAAACUCUAGCAUUUCAGUUGUAAACUUCUUAAUUAUCCGAGAGAUGUUUAGAGAUGAACAAUAUAGUGCUGAGAUUCAUUUGAAAGGCUUGCAAAAGAUGGUCAGAUUACGUGGUGGUCUCUCGCGGUUAGAAGGCGACCGUACAUUGGUCUUGAAAAUUUCCAAGACUGAUAUCGACUAUGCGUUUCGUUAUGGCACACCAACUGGCUUUUACCGAGACGGCAUCGCCCAAGCUGCCAAAGAAAUGGCAUUAAACAAGUUUAUUAUCAUCGCUGACUACUCGGUUUGCUCUGGAACAAACUUCGAUAAAAUAGAUCCAUUUCUCUUACGAAUACUACUGGACAUCAUCGGGCUUGCACAUUGGUUCAACAGGGACGACAAGAGGCACAAAGCUGACCCAGACAUGCUUCAAGAAGCCAUUGUCUCAGUUUGCUAUCGUCUGGUCCGAUUCCAUGCAUUAGGGAAUCCUCCACUCGAAAGCAAAUUGGACGCUGCAUAUCAUAUCGGAUUAAUAGCCUUUAUGACCACCCUGUUUCUCCAAUUCGAUGGUCGACGUUUUCUGAGGUAUUCUCUCGUUUCUCGAUGCCUAAAGGACAUUAUAGAGCGGGGGCUAGAAGGGUGUGAUAGUGAUUCACUUCUGUGGCUUCUUUUUAUUGGAGGGAUAUCUGUUUUGGAAGCGGCAGAUCAGCGCUGGGUGCUACUGGAGAUAGCCCACAUGGUUCAAUUCCUGGGCAUCGAAAGCUGGGUGCAACUGCGCCAACUGCUCAUUAAAUUUCCGUGGAUCGGUGCCAUCCAUGACGAACCUGGAAAGGCUCUGUGGGAGACAGUAAUGACAAGUUCCAUUGAAAACAGCUGA